CCGCCCGACACGGACACGCCGCCGCUCGGCAGAGCUGCUGCCGGUGGCCGCAGAGCUCCGCCACCCCCCCCGAGGGACAAUGGUGCCGCGGACCUGUCGCAGCGCGGGUGCUCGCCCGUUCCUGCUGGCGCUGCUGCUGGUGCAUCUGCCGCAGGGUCGCGGCCACCGAGCCACGGGGCCCCGGUUUUUAAUAAGUGACCGUGACAGAGACCCUCAGUGUAACCUGCAUUGCUCCAGGUCCCAGUCCAAACCCCUGUGUGCCUCUGAUGGCAGAACAUACGAGUCCAUGUGCGACUACCAGAGAGCCAAAUGCCGUGAGUCAAGUCUGAGUGUGACACAUCGUGGCCGGUGCAAAGAUGCUGGCCAAAGCAAGUGUCGAUUAGAGAGAGCUCAAGCACUGGAACAGGCAAAGAAGCCCCAGGAAGCAGUCUUCAUCCCAGAAUGCAAUGAGGAUGGAUCAUUCACUCAGGUGCAGUGCCAUACCUACACUGGAUACUGCUGGUGUGUGACACCUGAUGGCAAGCCUAUUAGCGGCUCUUCCGUACAGAACAAAACUCCUGUAUGUUCAGGUUCUGUAACUGAUAAACCAUCAAGCCAGGGUAAUUCAGGAAGGAAAGUUUCUUUUCGGUUCUUUUUAACCCUCAAUUCAGAUGAUGGUUCGAAGCCAACGCCUACCAUGGAAACCCAGCCUAUUUUCGAUGGAGAAGAAAUCACAGCACCAACCCUUUGGAUUAAGCACUUGGUCAUCAAAGAUUCCAAAUUGAACGGCUCCAGUAUAAGAAAUUCAGAGAAAGUUCACUCCUGCGACCAGGAAAGGCAGAGCGCCCUGGAGGAGGCCAGGCAAAAUCCCCGCGAGGGUAUUGUCAUCCCCGAGUGUGCUCCUGGAGGACUCUACAAACCAGUGCAAUGCCACCAGUCUACUGGGUACUGCUGGUGUGUCCUGGUGGACACAGGACGUCCUCUGCCUGGUACUUCCACUCGCUAUGAGACUCCAGUGUGUGAAAGUGAUGCCAGAUCGAAGAGCACAGAGGUUGAUGAUCCAUUCAAGGACAGAGAACUUCCAGGCUGCCCAGAAGGGAAGAAAGUUGAAUUUAUUACCAGCUUACUUGAUGCUCUGACUACAGACAUGGUACAGGCUAUUAACUCAGCAGCACCUACUGGGGGUGGGAGGUUCUCUGAGCCAGACCCCAGCCACACACUAGAGGAGCGAGUGGUACACUGGUAUUUCAGCCAGCUGGACAACAACAGCAGUGAUGAUAUCAACAAGCGGGAGCUAAAGCCUUUCAAACGUUAUGUAAAGAAGAAAGCCAAGCCCAAGAAAUGUGCCCGACGUUUCACUGACUACUGUGAUCUCAACAAGGACAAGUCGAUCUCGCUUCAGGAGCUGAAAGGGUGUUUGGGAGUCAACAAGGAAGGAGCUACUACAACACCAGGUAGCCUGAGCAGUUUGCCCAAUGGAAAAAGACAAGGCCUUAACCCUUUCAUAGGUCGCCUGGUGUAGCAGCAGAAGACGGGAAGGGGAGGCAAGAGCUGACCCAAAGGAAGGAAAGAUCCAGUGACAGACGGACAGACACCUUGCUGCUUGUGAGCAAGCAUGCAGCAUCAGCGACAUCCAGCGUAGCAGAAGUGGCACCCAGAAUUUUUGCACUUUUUAAUAAUUGGUUUGGGUUUGGUUUUAAUUGCUUUUCAAUGCCAUAAUCUAAUACUUUGGAGAGUGGAGAGAAGCAGGAUCAUGACUUUUUAAAAUUGGAACAGCUACUGAUGAUGUAAAAUUGAGUUCACUGGGACUCAAAGAAUUUUAUAUACUGUAUAUAAAUAUAUAUGUAAAUUGUACAGUUGUCUUGUACAGGGUUGGAGUCACUGUUCUAUUCCUCCCUUUGCUUUUGAAGGCUGUUAGGGCUAGAGAGACACUUUGCCUUUACUGGAUUACAGUAAUGCAUUCAUUUCUGCCACCAAACCGUCAUUCAGUGGCAAACCUUAACACCCCCAUGUGGAAAGGAGCCAGUGUAUCAGCAUGACUUAUUCUUGCAGAUGUGCAUACAGUGUGCCAGAUACCAAAUGCUUCUUGAGAGCAUCUCAACCCCCUUUCUUACUGUAAAGCCUGUGCAACUCACAAUUGUGCUUUUGAGAGCACAGAUUUCAUGUAAGUAUUGCUGUACUGCAAAGCUGCUUAAAGUAGGGAUAGAAAAGGGUUGUAUUAAGGACAUAUAAAAGUAGUUUCUGCACCUAUUGCAAGUUGGACAGAAAUGAAUUACAAUUGCGUUGCUCUCCAGGCUCAGAUGAUAUACUUAGGAAAGGUGUGCCAUGCCUUUGUAAUGUAAUGCUGUAGGAAGGGUGUGGGAGCUGUAGGUCUAGCAAAGUCAGUGAAAGGAAGUUGUACAUCUUCCUCUCUGACAAAGUGUUCAUCUAUAUGUCAUACAACAAUAAAAAUACUAAGAAUCCUGCUAAAAGCAGCAUUAGCCUGCCUGUUGCUUGCCUGAAGAGCAAAGAACAGAGUUGUCAAUGUAGAAAGACACAAUCAUGCUUAUGUAAAGUGUCUGCUUUACUUAUGUUUCAACACUACAGCCUGGGCUGAGCUCACUGGUGACUGUCUGUCAGAAAUGACUAUUCUUGUCCUUGGUGAUUGUGAAUCCAAGCUUCCCUCCUGCACAGUGGUGUGCCUGCCUAGCUUAGAGCAUCCACUCUUCCUAAUUUGCUGUUACCAGUGUUACCUGUGUAAGAUGACACUGGAGCCUGAUGAACAAUAACAGUGAAGGCUUGGAGUGAGGAGUCUGGUGUUCUUGGAGGCCACAGGGGCUUUUUCAACAACUAGAAGUUUUACCAAAGUUGUUUCUUUUGCAGGGGCACCCAUAUCAGCAGUCCUAGGUUUGGGCAGAGUGUGAUGGGACAGUGUUUGCUUUAUGUAUUUCCAACCACUGGCAGCACUCACCUGUUCUGAGCAGCCUCCCACUUCAGACCUGGUGACCCUUAUGCCACUUGUCUCUGUUAGAAGAAACUGUAGUCAGAGAUGAUGAUAUGCCAUGCUAAUGAGAUCACACCAACAAUUGCUUGCAACAGCACUGGGUUACUGUAGAGACUGGAGUCAUUCUUUGAGUCUGUAUCCCUGUUGCUUUGGUAAAAGAUGUUACAACACAGCAUCUUCACUCUGUGUCAUGUCAUCAUGAGAAUAGUAUUAGAUAAAUACAUCACCAAAAAAAGUGUCCUGAUGCAGUAAGUUAGUGAUUGUUGG